AUGGAAGCCGGAAACCACACUGAAGUAUCAGAAUUCCUCCUCCUCAGUCUAUCAGAUGAUCCUGGAUUGCAGCCCCUCCUCUGUGGAAUGUUUCUGUCCAUAUACCUGGUCACCAUUCUUGGAAACCUGCUCAUCAUGCUGGCCAUUAGCUCUGACUCCCACCUCCACACCCCCAUGUACUUCUUCCUCUCCAACCUGUCUUUCGUUGAGAUCUGUUUCAUCUCCACCACUAUCCCAAAGAUGCUGGUGAACAUCCAGGCAGAGAGCAAAAACAUCUCCUACAUCGGAUGCCUCGUUCAGGCGUGUUUUUUUACAAUUUUUGUUGGGAUGGAUGAUUUCCUUCUGACCGUGAUGGCCUAUGAUCGGUAUGUGGCCAUCUGCCAGCCCCUACACUAUGCGGUCACCAUGAACCCUCGCUUCUGUGGUUUUCUGGUUCUGAUGUCUUGGUUCAUCAUUUUCUGGGUCGCCCUGCUUCAUAUUCUACUGAUAAUGCGGCUAACCUUCUGUAUGGGCACUGAAAUUCCACACUUUUUCUGUGAACUGGCUCAGAUUCUCAAGGUAGCUUGCUCUGACACCCUCGCUAAUAAAAUCUUCUUGUAUGUAGCCACUGUCCUCCUUGGUGUGUUUCCUCUCACUGGAAUUCUGUUUUCUUACUAUCGGAUCAUCUCCUCACUAGGGAGGAUGGCCUCCACUAAGGGUAGGUAUAAAGCAUUUUCUACCUGUGUGUCUCACCUCUCUGUGGUCUCCUUGUUCUAUGGGACAGGCCUGGGGGUCUAUCUCAGUUCUGCUCUAACUCAUUCUUCCCAGAGAAGUUUGAUUGCCUCAGUAAUAUACACCGUGGUCACCCCCAUGCUGAACCCCUUCAUCUACAGCCUGAGGAACAAGGAUGUAAAGGGUGCCCUGAGAAGUCUCUUUGGCCGAGCAGCCUCUUGUCCAUGA